UGACGCACUGUGGGUCUGUGUGGUUUUGCUGUCAAUCCGGAGGAAUAACCAGAGCUGGCGGUAGAUUUGCCGAAAAACAUCCGCCAAAGUUUGCUAGAGCACAUUAUAGACGUGUUUAUUGGACUGUUCUAACAACAUCUUAAUCCGCGUACUAAACAAAACGACAGAAAUAGCAUAAUAUUUGAAAUGUUUUAGGUUUUUACGUCUGACAGGACGACGCGCAUUAGCUAGCUUAGCUAGCUAGCUAACACACAUUAGCUAGUUGGCUACCAUGUAACGUUAAUGAGAGAAUCAGAUACGCCGGACUGAUGUGUCAGACAACAGGAAUAUAGCUAAAGGAUUAAACUAAGUUAGCUAUUGUCUGACCAUGCAAUCGGCACGUAUAGGAGACCACUGCUUGGAAAUAGUUGAUAUUUACAAAAGAGGACGAAAGUUGGUGGUCACUCAUCAUCCUUCGUCCUGGGAACCUUAAAAACUAGCUCAUAAAGCACAAGAGCAGGGUGGCCAUAAUAGCCAUAUGAUGGAUGGUUAUGAACUUUAGCAGGCAGACAGAAAGCCAUGGAGGAGGUUGAGCAAGCUACUUCUGAGGUGAAGACUGAACCCCUGGCUGAGCUGACCGUGGUGCAGGGGGCCAUGGCAUUAACUGAGCUUCUGGAAGGUGAGCAGUCUCCCCAGCAUGACCUCAGCUUUCCUCAUGUCAAUGAAGACACAUCCUGGUUAAUGGUUCAUGAAGGAGAGUCAACCUCCUCUGACUGUGGAGGAACAUCAGACCUUCAGGAGUUAGGUUCUGCCUCAGGCGAGGAAGGAGAAGGAGAAGGCAGUGAGGUCUCGGACACACUAGGGACAGGAGUAUCACCCAUCAGCAAGGGAUCAUGGGAAACAAGUCUUCAGAAUGGGGAUGAAGUUGACAAGGAUAAACAGCAGAAUAGCAGCCCUCCUGUAACAGGCAGCACAUUCCCAGACCCAUCGGAGACCUCCUCUCUCUCGCUGUCUGAUCAGUUGAGGUUGGGCCGGGAUGACUCUGAUGGUACAGUACUGAAUGUGGAGUGCAGGAUAUGCGGGGACAAAGCUUCGGGUUUCCACUAUGGUGUGCAUGCCUGUGAGGGUUGCAAGGGAUUUUUCAGACGCACCAUUCGUAUGAAGAUAGAGUAUGACCGUUGUGAGCGCACCUGCAAAAUUCAAAAGAAGAGUCGCAAUAAGUGCCAAUAUUGUCGCUUCCAGAAGUGCCUGGCUCUUGGCAUGUCCCAUGAUGCUAUUCGGUAUGGGCGCAUGCCUGAGGCAGAGAAGAAGAAGCUAGUGGCAGGGCUGCUGGCUGGAGAGAAGAGUCUGCUAAACCCUGGAGGCUCUGAUCUCAAGACUUUGGCCAAGCACGUCAAUACAGCCUACCUUAAGAAUCUCAGCAUGACCAAGAAAAAAGCACGAAGCAUCCUCACUGGCAAGACCAGCUGCACACCGCCCUUUGUGAUUCAUGAUAUGGACUCUUUGUGGCAAGCUGAGAACGGCUUAGUCUGGAACCAGUUGAAUGGUGCACCCCCAAACAAAGAAAUUGGAGUCCAUGUUUUUUACCGCUGCCAGUGCACCACAGUGGAAACCGUUCGAGAGCUCACAGAAUUUGCCAAAAACAUCCCUGGCUUUAUAGAUCUCUACCUCAAUGAUCAGGUAACCCUGUUAAAGUAUGGUGUCCAUGAGGCUAUUUUUGCAAUGCUGCCAUCCCUAAUGAAUAAAGAUGGACUUCUGGUAGCCAAUGGGAAGGGCUUUGUGACAAGAGAGUUUUUACGUAGUCUACGUAAACCCUUCAGUGAAAUUAUGGAGCCCAAGUUUGAGUUUGCUGUGAAGUUCAACGCCCUGGAGCUGGAUGACAGUGACCUGGCUUUGUUUGUGGCGUCUAUCAUAUUGUGCGGAGACCGUCCUGGACUCAUGAAUGUGAAGCAGGUAGAGCAGAUCCAGGACAGCAUCCUCCAGGCCCUGAACCAGCACUUGCGGGUACACCAUCCUGAUUUGCCUCACCUCUUCCCCAAACUGCUGCAGAAGAUGGCUGACCUUCGGCAGCUGGUCACCGAGAACGCUCAGCUGGUCCAAAUGAUUAAAAAGACUGAAUCUGAGACCUCCCUCCAUCCACUUCUACAAGAAAUAUACAAGGACAUGUACUAAGUCUUACGGCUUAGUAGACUCUUAACCUGGACUGAAAGACAUGUAUAUUGUACACAGGUCUUCGUGGUGCGGUAGACACCAUGAGAUUUUUAUAUAGACUGCUAUGGAGUUUUACAAAUACUGUAUUUGAAAACUGACUUUUUCUUAGGGAGAAGGUUUGUGGGUUUUUUUUGUUUUCCUUUUUUUCAUAAUAAAUCUUAAUUUUGUCAUUAAGGUCCAUCUUGCUUUCCACCUGGUCAACAGCAUGGAGAUAUCACAAAAUAACCCCAAAAUCUAACAGUAUUCUAACUAAGAUGUGUGUUAUGUAGACACCCAAUGAUUUUCUGAAAUAGACUUUAGUAAAACUUAACAUAGUUUCUAUAGAACGUUUUGCAUUGUGCAUUUAUCAAGGCUGCCACACACACUUUUAGAAGA